GAUCUGAGUUGAGGAGCCCUAGCUAGCUCAUGCUUAGCUUAGCCGUCUCUCACUCUCUCUUUCUCUCUCGACCACCACUACCACUAGUACCCGACAACCGGUGCGAAUGCGAAAAGGCCACACUUGGGGAAGAAAGAAAAAAGCUAUCCAUUCCAUGUUGCGCAGUGCGCAGGUCGACUCGACACACCCAUCAGUUUAAAACCCCCCCUUCUUCCCUUUGACUGAUGAAAAGCUAGAACAGCUGCUGCUGCGAGUUGUAGUAGUAGUAGAAGAAGAAAAAGCAAGAAAAGGUUGUUGCAUAGAUCGAUCCAUCGAUGCGCACGAUCGAGUUUAUUAAUUAGCUCAACGAAAGAAGAAGCAUCAGCAAGAAGAGCCAAGAACUCGAUCGAUCCAAGAAGGUAAUUGAUCAGCUGAUUGGUUGGUUUGGUUGUUGUGGUGGAGAUGUGGGAAGCUGUAGGCGGCGGCGACGGCACGGCUCUCCUGCCGUGGCCCGGCUCGGCCGCGGCCGCGCCGCUCUACAUGCCCCCGGCAGCAGCGGCAGCGGCGCCCUUCGCCGCCGGCGAGCAGCUGCCGGUGGAGCAGCCCUUCUACUUCGACGGAGGCGGAGGCGUGGCGGGGCAUAAUCACCAUCCUCAUCAUCAUCAGUACGGGAUGGAGGCGCCGCCGCCGAUGACGAUGAUGCAGAUGGGCGGCGGGGGUUCGUCGUCGUCGAGGAUGGUGGUGUCCGGGCUGCUCGGGACGCUGCAGGCGGAGCUCGGGAGGAUGACGGCGAAGGAGAUCAUGGACGCCAAGGCGCUGGCGGCGUCGCGCAGCCACAGCGAGGCCGAGCGCCGCCGCCGCCAGCGCAUCAACGGCCACCUCGCCAGGCUCCGCAGCCUCCUCCCCAACACCACCAAGACGGACAAGGCGUCGCUGCUGGCGGAGGUGAUCGAGCACGUCAAGGAGCUGAAGCGGCAGACGUCGGCGAUGAUGGAGGACGGCGCCGCGGGAGGGGAGGCGGCGGCGGCGCCGGUGGUGCUGCUGCCGACGGAGGACGACGAGCUGGAGGUGGACGCGGCGGCGGACGAGGGAGGGAGGCUCGUGGCGAGGGCCUCGCUGUGCUGCGAGGACCGCGCCGACCUCAUCCCGGGCAUCGCCCGCGCGCUCGCCGCGCUCCGGCUGCGCGCCCGCCGCGCCGAGAUCGCCACGCUCGGCGGCCGCGUCCGCAGCGUCCUCCUCAUCGCCGCCGUCGAGGAGGAAGAUCCAGACGAGGCCGGGAACGACGACGACGGCGAACACGGCUACGGCGUUGCCGCCUCGCACCGGAGGCACGAGCUCGUCGCGUCGAUCCACGAGGCGCUGCGCGGCGUCAUGAACCGCAAAGCGGCGAGCAGCGACACCUCCUCUUCCGGCGCCGGCGGCGGCGGUGGGAGCAUCAAGAGGCAGCGGAUGAUCAGUGCACAUGAUCAGCAAGGUUCCUUCAAUUCUAGUGGCUGGUAAAAACUCAAGUCGAUCAUCGAUCCAUCCAUUAAUUCCUGCAGCCUCAUCAGAAGUAGCAUGAAAUAUCCAUGCUCUUGCUUAUGCAACUCAACUUAUAUUAGUAUAGUUAUAAAGCUAUAUAUAGCCGACUUAAAAAAAACUUAGAGUUUGGAUCUUCUUUUUGGUGUUAUGGUGUGUGCAUGAGGGAAAUCAAAAUUAAAGGAAGGAGAAAAUUUGAAACAUGGGAUUUCCAAGGUA